AUUGUAUAGCACCUAGUCGUAUAGGCGAACGCCUAUACGGGGUGUAUACGGAUAUAUAUUUUUACACGAAAUAUAAGUAUAUGAUUAAUUUAUAUAACUAUAUAGUAUAACAUAUAUAAAUAGUUUUAAAUUAUAAAAAUUAAGAGACCAAUAUCAAUUACUAGUGUUUAUUUUUUUAUUUUUUAUUUUUUUGGCACAAAAUUACUAGUGCUUAUAUUAUUCGGAAAACCAUUGCAAUCACGGUGUUUGUUUUGAAACGACAAGUCGAAUAAAAAAGCUGUAAAUAAAUAGUCGCAGGAGUACUUUUUUCCACGUUAACAUGAUAACAAUUCAUAAGGUCUUGGUCUUCCUUUUUUCCUUUGUAUGUUUUUUUUUCCUUUGUAUGUUGUCUCAACGUUCUUGGUCUUUUUUUUUUGUCAACCGUUCUUGGUCUUUCUUAAACAAAAAAAACUAUAGACUAUUUAUAAAUAAUAAGUCGAUACCAAAAAUUGCACAUGACUUCCUUUAUUCUAUAAAGCCCCACUCAAACGACAACGUCAUGCAGCUAAUCCUUUAACGUCGCAAUGAUGAUGUCAUCAUCGAUCCCUAUCGUCCAUUUCUUCAUCUUGAGGUCGACGAUAUCGACCGUUCAAAGUCUCACACCGACGGCCUAUAAAGAAGAGUAUCAAUGAUAAUUCUCCCAAAAAGAAAAUAAGCUUAUUAAGACUUUCACGUCUAAAAGUCUCGUUUCUUGUGAUUUAAUCAAAAAAAAAAAGUAUCGUUUCUUGUGAUAAACAUGAGCUCGGAGAAGAAACAAGAACGCCGCGAAGAAGAUAACGGUGAUGGAAACAAAGGGUUGUCAACUAAAAUUGUACGUACGGUAACGGAGGAAGAGGUGGAUGAGUUUUUCAAGAUACUACGUAGAGUACACGUGGCGACACGGACGGGUGCGAAAGUUAACGUCGGUGUCGAUGAACGAGGGUUACCGACUAAGAAGAGGAAACGGAGUCAGAGCCUUGGUUUGGUAAACUCAUUGCAUAGUAACGGCGUUAGAGAUGGAGAACUCGAUGGAAUAACUCAGGUCGGGUUAAGAAAUUCGGGUUUGGAUCUGAACUGUAAACCGGAACCUGAAACCGUUAGUUUGUAAUCCUUCUGCCGAGUUUUACAUCUUUCUUCCUAUAAUUUAAUUUCCAAUAUACCUAAAUAAUUUUUAACAUUUUAUAAUAGAAUAAUGUCUCCUAAUCAAACCAAUACAACAAUAUUAGUUUGUAGUAUAAUAUAUUUACGAUUUACGAAGCUUCGUA